AUGUAUUUAUAUGGAUUAGAAAAUAAUAAUAAUCAAAUUAAACAAGCUGAUUUAUUAAUUUAUGAAUUAUUUAAUAAAUGUGUUCAUAUAUUAAAAGAUAAUAUUGAAAAACAAGAAACUGAUUUACAAAAUCUUUCAACAUCUAUUCGUGUAGCAAAAGAAAAUAUUCUUAGUCGUGAUUAUAAUGAAUUAGCAAGUGUUUGUGAUGAUUAUUUACGUCGAUAUGAAAACAAUGAAGAUGAAAAUAAUUUAUUAACAAAUUUAUUUACUGGUGAUCAUGGAAAUAAUAUAGCUGAAUUAGUUGUUAAAUCUGUUUUAUUAUCAAUGAAAUAUGGUUCAAAUGAAGGUGUUAAACGUUUUUCACGUUUAUUACAAAUUGUUGAUUUAUAUCCAAAAACAAUGGAUUUAAUUGCUGAUAAACUACAAGAAAUUCCUUGUUGGAUGUUUUUUGAUUGUUUAUAUCAAAUAACGGCACAUUUAGAUAAACCUAUUGCUCUUAAAUUAUAUCCAGUAAUUGAACAAAUUGUAAAACUUUAUCCUCAAUCAAUAGUUUAUCCAUUUAAAUUAAGUUAUGAAACAUUACAAUAUUCAAUAACAGAUCCAAUAUUAAAACAUAAUCUUGAAUUAAUUCAACAACAAUUGGAUCGUUAUACACCACUUGUUAAUGAAUUUAUUGAAGCAUUAAAUCAAUUAAAUCCUCAACAACAAUUUGAUACAUGGUCAAAAGAAUUAUAUCAUUUAUUAACAAAUGAUUCAACAACAAGAGAUAUUGAUAAACUUAAAACACAUUUAAAUAAAUUUAAAGAUAUACUUUUUUCUGAUAUAAUUAAUCUUGAUGAAACUAAUGAUGGACAAAUAAUAUUAUUAAAUACACAAGAUAAUAAUGAAUUAGAAAAUAAUAAUUCAUUAUUAAAACCUAAAAUAACAUCAAUAAGAAUAUUAUUUAAAAAUGCUGUUGAAAAAGAACUUAAUGAUUUAUUUGGUAAAGAUGGUGAAUUAUUUUCAACAAUAUCAUUAGGUGAUACACGUUUAAUAUUAGGUAAUAUAUCAUUGAAAUUAAAAAAUAUCAUACAAGAUAAAACAAAUAUAAAUGAUUAUUCAACAUGGUUUUCAUCAACAUUUCGACAACAAAAUCGUAUAUUAGAUAAAUCAUCAAUACGUGAUUUAGAAAUACCUGGACAAUAUACAAGUAAAAAAAAACCAUUAAUUGAACAUCAUAUUAAAAUAGUUGGUUUUGAUGAACAACUUUUGGUACUUCAUUCAUUACGAUUACCAAAACGUAUAACAAUACGUGGACAUGAUGAAAAUGAUUAUAGAUUUUUAGUUAAAGCUGGAGAAGAUAUACGACAAGAUCAACGUAUUGAAGCUUUAUUUUCAAUUAUGAAUGAUCUUUAUGAUAAUGAUCCUAAUUGUAAUCAAUCAAAUUCAGCUCAUAUUGCUGUACGAACUUAUAAAGUUAUACCAAUGUCAUCAAAAUUGGGUAUGAUCGAAUGGCUUGAUAAUACACGUCCAUUAAAAGAUCUUAUCGAAGAAUCAUAUAAUGAUAGUGAACUUGAUAUAAUAACAAAUCAAGGUCAACAUCCAAGAAAACUUUAUCAAGAUUAUGUAACAAAUACAUAUCAAAAAGCUAAACCAACAGCUAAAACAGCUAAUAAUACUGUAAUGUAUGCUGAAUUAUUUCUUAGUUUAACGAAAGCUCAAGUUCAAGAAGAAUUUAAUCAUAUACAAUCUGUUAUACCUGCUGAUUUACUUCGACUUGCUUAUUAUAAAAUAGCUAUUUCUCAUGAAGGUUUUUAUACAUUACGUCGACAAUUUAUAACAAGUUAUGCUGUUUUAUGUACAAGUCAAUAUAUACUUGGUAUUGGUGAUCGACAUCAAUCGAAUUUUCUUAUUGAUACAUCAUCUGGUCAAAUAAUUGGUAUUGAUUUUGGUUCAGCAUUUAAUGCAGCUACAAUACAUUUACCCGUACCAGAAUUAAUACCAAUUCGUUUAACACGGCAACUUACACAAUUAAUGUCACCUAUUGGUACAGCUGGCUUAUUUCGUGCAACAAUGAUUCAUACAAUGAAUGCAUUACGUGAAAAUUCUGAUUUAUUACUUAGUACAAUGGAUGUUUUUAUUAAAGAACCAUUAAUAGAAUGGAUGGAACAUGCACUUAAAACAAGUAAACAAAUAGCACAAAAUGAAACAAAUAUACUUCGUUCGGAUGAUACCUAUGCAAAAGAUCGAAUUAAAAGUGCACGAUUAAAACUUAAUGGAAUUAAUCCCGCUGUUAUAAUUGGAUCUGAUUUAAAAUUAAAUAGUUUUCUUCGUUCAUCAAAUUUAAAAGAAGCACGUCGUCAAAUGGAAAAAGUUGUUGGUGGUGAUCAAAUAGAUAGUAAACGUGCACAAAUUUUAUUAAAAUAUAAUUCAAAUCGUUAUCAUAAAUUAACUGUUGAUGAACAAAUUGAUUGUAUUAUUGAUCAAGCAACAGAUGUUGAUAUACUUGGUCGUUCAUGGGCUGGUUUAGAAACAUUUAUGUAA